UUGGUUGCACCCAGCACCCUUGCCUCACAAAAUAUGCAGACUGCCCUUGCCCUCCAGCUGGUUCAUCACCUGGCUGCUGCUCUGAUCCUUCUAGCGUUAAUUCCUGUCAGGGGUUAUACCCCGCCAGCUGCGAGCAUGACUCUCAACGGAGGAGGACUGCUAGCGUCGUUCUCUUUCACGCGCCGUCGUCCAUCGGUGGUCGGUCUUAUCGGCGGCAUUGCCUCUGGCAAGAGCACCGUUUCGAAGGCCCUAGGCACGGCGUGCGGGCUGGCGGUGAUCGACGCCGACAAGCUGGGGCACGAGAGCUACCAGCCAGGCACCCGCUGCUUCGGCAAGCUGGUGGACGCGUUCGGGGAAAAGAUCAUUGCCGGGGAUGGCACAAUCGACCGCCGUGCGCUUGGACAGGCGGUGUUCGGAAACCCUUCCAACAUGGCCAGGCUGCAAGGCAUCGUUUGGCCAGAGAUCCGCCUCCUAGCGGAGGCGAGGAUCGAGGGGCUGGGCAGGGAGGGCGCCGAGUCCGUGGUUCUCGAGGCCGCCGUGCUUCUAGAGGCCGGGUGGGACGAUCUCUGUGACGAGCUGUGGGUCGUCCAGGUGCCCCCGGAAGUGGCGCGGGCGCGAUUGAUGAAACGCAACGGGUUCGACGAGGCGGAGGCCGACAAGAGGAUAGCCUCGCAGCCCAUGACCAACCAAGAGAGAGCGGCCCGUGCGACAGUGGUGCUCUCCAACGAGGGCACGGAGGAGGACUUGGUGGCGAAGGCAGGUGAAGGAAACUUGGGUUUCGAGGAGUGGGGUCCUGCAGAGCCGACGAAGACGGCGGUCUCUGACUUUCUUGGGCGUGUCAACCGUUGCCGGGGCGGCAGUUCUCGCGGCCGUCUCUGUAGGUCUCAAGCGCGGCAGGGCUUUGAGAUGAGGGUGUGGGGCGGGAGGGAUACGGCGAAAACGCAUGGGGGACGUGGGCUGUGAAACGUCGUCGUCUGUUGGCCUUGUUACCAUGUACUUCGUGUUUUUAUUUUUAGAAAGCCUUGUCGACGGUUGAUUUUCUAACCCGCUGGGAUACGUAGGUAUGAAGAUUGAUCGAGGGCUUGCCUGCCGUGAAGAGGUUGUGCAAGAACAAUCUCCCGGUGUGUGUAGGGAGGAGGGGUAUCCCAUGGCUUCAUGUCAAGUCCUGAGUCGUGGCGGUCAAGAUGGAAUAUUUUGCGGAGAGGGUGCUGCUCUCAGCACACGCCCAUUCCAUAUCCAUCAAAGAAACAGUAAAAAGCUGUGUGUCGGGGGCGCGUCUUCUUUUGGAGGCACGUCACUACUGUGAUGUCGCUAGGUCCUGCGUAGGGGUGUGUGUGUUCUCAUGUAAGCGCAUGCUGUAGUCGGUAGAUGAUAGACCUCGCAUUCCUACGGCACCGGGACGGAGCGACAUGCCGGUUUUCGCCGGCCCAGGCUACCUCUCUUGAGGAUGAACCAGAAGCUGAUCAUCAUCCUUGCGUUUGCUGU